AUGGAUUCUGUCAAGACAGAUCCUGUUCAAGAAAAAAUAAAAAACCAUCCGAAACGUAGAUUUAAUUCUACGAAAAAUCAAAAUCAGAACGGAGUGAAGAGACGCAAAAACGAAUUAAUAACCAUUGCUAGUCAGCUAAAGGCUUUUCGCCGAGAACUGCCGAUAUGGAAAGAGCGGAACAAUAUUAUUCGUGAAAUACGUAACAAUAGUACUGUCAUUGUUAUGGGAGAAAUGGGAAGCGGGAAAAGUACUCAAAUUCCUCAAUUCCUGUUGGAUGCUGGCUUUACGAAAUCUGCAGGACGACAGUUUCCUGUAACGGUUCACAACAUUCUUGAACCUCAGCCCGAUUACUUGGAUGCAGCCCUUGUAACAACGUUCCAAAUUCAUAUUGAAGAAGAGCCUGGGGAUAUUCUGGUAUUUUUGCCAGGGCAGGAAGAGAUAGAGACACUAAAGAAACUUAUAAAAGAUUACGGAACGACAUUGGCAGCUGAUAAGAUGAAGAUUAUACCGUGUCCGAUGUUCGCUGCCCUACCUGCGGAGAAGCAAGCAAAGGUGUUUGAACCAGCGCCUCGGGAUACGCGAAAGGUCAUUCUUGCUACCAAUAUAGCCGAAACUUCGAUUACGAUCAACGGUGAUUUUAAUUGCACGCGCGAAGCCGUAGCGGUUAUUUCCUUGCUCUCGGUCGAUUCGAUAUUCUUCACGCCCCAUGACAAACGCGAAGUAGCUGCUGAGGCAAAGAAAAAAUUCAUAUCUCUGUCCGGUGACUUGAUAACAAUGUUGAAUGUAUUGAAGGCAUAUGAACAUCACGGAGACGUGGAAUGGUGCAAACAACAUUUUAUCAAUACAAGAAACAUGCGGCAAGUUUUGGAAAUUCGAAGACAGUUGAAGCAGUUGUGUGAUCGUAUGAACAUUCCUUCUACUUCGUGUGGAAGUGAUUACGAUCAACUUAUAAAGUGUCUAUUGCUUGGUUUCUUCCGAAACACAGCCUUGCUGCAACCGGAUAACACGUACAAGACUAUCGUUGGGAAUCAGGCAAGUUGUAGAGCCUCUUUUGGCACUGUACAUAUUCAUCCAUCGUCUUCGGCUCAUAAUAAGAAGAUAGAAGCCGUCAUGUAUAUUGAACUCGUGAGUAUAUCUUUAGGCGGAAUCGUAUUUGAUUUACUUGCCAAGUGCUUAGUCAAAGCUUUUCUGUAG